CCAAUCCACAUCUUCGACUCAUUUUAGAAAACUGCGUACUCACAAAUACCCUUUAUCCAAAAAUUUUCAAGCCUCAUAAAAUGAAACCCACCCUUUACUGUAAAUCUUAAUUCCCGAUGGAAAAACGAUCCCUUUUUGGCUUGUUUGUCUUCCCAAUUGAAAGAAUGUGCUUAUGCAACGUAGACGCACACCUCCCAUUUCUUCAUUUUUUAAUUUUUUUUUUAACUGAAAAAUCUAUGUCCAUGUAUGUAUGUGUGUGUUCGCAUAUCUGAAGUCAGAGCAGCGCGUUAGGCAUAUAGAGCAGAGCCCACCUCGAAAGUUUCGCCGAAGCAAUCCAUUAAAGUUGAAAGGCGUCGUUCUUCGACGGGUCUGCAUUUUAUUCUUUUUUUAAUUUUUGGGAGGGGCGUUUUGAUCGUUAGCAAUCAUGGGGAGGUUUUGUGUUUCUUGAUUGAUGGAAUGCAUGCCUGAUGGUGUAAUUUGUGUUUGGAGCUGUGGAAUUCUUGAUUGAUUUUGCGGUUAAGCUAGGGUUUUGAGUGAUGGUGGUGUCUGGCAAUGAUACGGUGGAGUCGUUUUUGAAUAACAUUCAGAUUGUGAAGAAUAUAUUUUUGCCUCUGGAAUCUCAGUUUCGGAGGGUUGCCAAGAAUUUCGAGCACUGCUUUAAUGAUGUGUUGAGAAAUGGGAAUUUGAAUGGAUAUGUGGGUGGUGCUAAAGUUGAGCUGCUGUCUGCUCAGUUGAAUGUGAAGAAGAAGAAGAAGAUUGAUCGAGAUGAUGUCAUUGGCGAUACCCAAGGGAAAAGGAGCCCCCCAAUUAAGGUUAUUGUUGGGAUAUUCAUGGAAAAUUGUGGGGUGAAUGAUUGUUCCAAAUUUGGUGUAGGAGGGAAAUUAAAUGGGAACACGACGACGAAAAAUAGACCGGAGGAGGGUAAUGGGAUUGGCAAUGGUGAAAGAGACCAGAAAUCCCAUGAUGGUAGCUUGCAUCUUGAGAUGGCAUUGUCGUUUUUGAUCAAUGGUUUUGUACAAGCUCUCCUAACCACAUUGAGCUCUGACAAAAAGGUGUUUAAGUGGAAGAGUGAUAAGGAAGUUUCUUGUGGGAAAAGGAACAGAAGAGACGAAGUUGUUGGAAAGAGUAAGGAUAAGGUUAAAGAAGGGAAAGAAUUACCAUUUGACUACUUGGUGGGAUUUGUGACUGAUCCAUUGAGUUAUUUUCCAAAGUUUGAUGUUGGUGUUCAGAAUCAAGAAUAUAAGGGGUUUGAUUCUGAUGAUUUGGCCGGGCCAACAAAUCAAUUUGACCAUUUUAAGGCAUUCACCAGUAUUGUAGAAGGUAAACGAGCCGAUUUGAGUGGAUUCUUGGGAAAUUUGAUGUUUGCACGAGUUGGGGGUGUGCCAUCAGGUAUAGUUGAAGCACCUGCUGUAAAAGAUGCUGGAGAGGAGGGAGUUGGAAAUGCUGUCAAUCAGGAAGAUAGUCGAAGCAGUUCACCGCAAAAAUUGGGAAACAGUUUGCUCAGCAUUCCGUUGUCCAAUGUUGAGCGUCUGAGAUCUACACUGUCAACCGUGUCGUUGACAGAACUGAUUGAGCUUCUCCCACCAUUAGGACGGGCUUCAAAAGAUGAGCAUCCUGACAAGAAGAAACUGUUCUCGGUCCAAGAUUUCUUCAGAUACACUGAAGCCGAAGGAAAAAGGUUUUUCCAGGAAUUGGAUAGAGAUGGUGAUGGGCAAGUUACUCUGGAAGAUUUGGAAAUUGCUAUGAGAAAAAGAAAACUGCCUAAGAGAUAUGCUCAUGAAUUUAUGCGACGCACUAGGAGUCACUUGUUUUCAAAAUCUUUUGGCUGGAAACAAUUUCUUUCCUUGAUGGAACAAAAAGAACCAAUCAUUCUUCGAGCUUAUACCAGUCUCUGUUUAAGCAAAUCAGGGACCCUUCAAAAAAGUGAAAUUCUGUCAUCACUAGAGAAUGCAGGACUUCCGGCAAAUGAAGAUAAUGCUGUUGCCAUGAUGCGAUUUUUGAAUGCGGACACUGAGGAAUCUAUAUCUUAUGGCCAUUUCAGAAAUUUCAUGCUUUUGCUUCCAUCAGAUCGACUUCAAGAAGAUCCACGAAGCAUCUGGUUUGAAGCUGCAACUGUUGUUGCUGUUCCUCCUCCUAUUGAAAUACCUGCUGGGAGCGUUCUAAAAUCCGCACUCGCUGGAGGGCUUGCCUCUGCAUUAUCAACAUCUUUUCUUUAUCCUGUCGACACAGUUAAGACACGGGUGCAAGCUUCAACCCUAAGCUUCCCAGAAAUUCUGUCGAAGCUUCCUGAACUUGGUGUCCGAGGAUUGUACAGGGGAUCCAUUCCAGCAAUAUUAGGGCAAUUUUCAAGCCAUGGUUUGCGUACAGGAAUUUUUGAAGCGAGCAAACUUGUGUUGGUAAAUGUUGCUCCUACACUGCCGGAACUACAGGUUCAAUCUAUGGCAUCAUUCUGUAGCACUUUUCUGGGAACAGCAGUCCGGAUUCCAUGUGAAGUGUUGAAGCAAAGAUUGCAGGCUGGUCUGUUCAACAAUGUUGGAGAAGCCGUUGUAGGAACUUGGCAGCAAGAUGGUCUCAGGGGUUUCUUCCGAGGCACUGGUGCCACCCUCUGCCGGGAGGUUCCACUAUAUGUUGCUGGCAUGGGACUAUAUGCUGAAUCAAAGAAGGCUGCACAGAGGCUUAUAGGACGUGAGCUAGACCCGUGGGAGACAAUUGCUGUUGGCGCACUGUCUGGAGGAAUAGCUGCUGUCUUAACAACUCCAUUCGAUGUAAUAAAGACAAGGACAAUGACAGCACCUCAGGGUCGACCAGUGUCAUUAUCCAUUGUUGCGCUCUCUAUCCUGAGUCACGAAGGGCCCAUUGGAUUAUUCAAAGGAGCCAUUCCCAGGUUCUUCUGGAUCGCGCCACUUGGCGCAAUGAACUUUGCCGGGUACGAGCUUGCGAGGAAAGCAAUGGACAAGAAUGAGAAAUAGCUUCCAGGUGCCUUCUGGAAAACUCCCUGUUUUUGAUCUGAUUCCUGGAUAAAAAUUAGCUGUUUAAGCCCACAUUAAAUUCGUCGAUAUAUUUACUCUUUUUGCCUGGAUUAUUACAGUAUUCUGAGGUUCCCCUUUAUCAACA